AUGGAUGCGUGUUUUCAAUGUCCAGAAGACCAGUAUCCAAAUGACCAACAUGAUUCCUGCAUUCCGAAAUAUACAAGUUACUUAUCUUAUGAAGAACCUUUGGGAUUAUGUUUCGCUGUUUCUGCUCAUUCCUUAUCUGUUCUCACGUUUUUGGUACUCAGAGUCUUCAUUAAGUACUGGCAUACUCCCAUAGUCAAAGCCAACAACAGGGACCUCACCUUCGCACUCCUAAUAUCCCUCGUGCUCUCUUUCCUUUGCGCUCUGCUCUUCAUUGGCAAGCCUAAUAAGGUGACCUGUCUCCUUCGACAAAUUACUUUUGGUCUCAUCUUCUCAGUGGCGGUUUCUUGCAUAUUGGCCAAAACCACCAUAGUGAUUUUAGCUUUCAUGGCUACCAGGCCAGAGUCCAGUAUCAGGAGAUGGGUGGGGAAUAAAUUGGCCAUUACCAUUGUUCUUUCCUGCUCCCUAAUUCAGACCAGUCUUUGUUGUGUGUGGCUGGCAACAUCACCCCCAUUCCCAGAUCUAGACAUGCGCACAAUGACUGAAGAGAUUGUGCUUGUAUGCAAUGAAGGUUCAGUCACCAUGUUCUACUGUGUCCUGGGCUUCAUGGGCUUCCAGGCCACAAUCUGCUUCAUUGUGGCUUUCCUGGCUAGGAGAUUGCCUGACACGUUCAAUGAAGCCAAGUUCAUCGCCUUCAGCAUGUUGGUCUUCUGUAGCGUAUGGUUGACCUUUAUCCCAACCUACCUGAGCACAAAAGGGAAAUACAUGGUGGCUGUGGAGAUCUUCUCCAUUUUGAGUUCUGGUGCUGGCUUACUGCUCUGCAUCUUUUCCCCCAAAUGCUACAUUAUUCUGCUUAGGCCUGACUUGAACAAAAGAAAACAGCUGAUAAAGAGGCCAAACUGA